AUGGCGGUCAGAGCGCUUAGUCAACAUCGAAUGACGCCGUAUUUUUCUGGAUACGCGUUUCAAGGACAAGGUCGUGUUAAUCAGUUAGGUGGUGUCUUUAUAAAUGGCCGUCCACUACCAAAUCACAUAAGAUUAAGAAUCGUCGAGUUGGCUGCGUCAGGUGUGAAACCUUGUGUUAUAUCAAGACAAUUAAGAGUAUCUCAUGGUUGUGUGUCGAAAAUUCUUAAUCGGUAUCAAGAGACUGGAUCGAUUAGGCCAGGUGUCAUUGGUGGAAGCAAACCAAGAGUUGCAACACCGGAAGUUGAGAGCAGGAUUGAAGAUAUUAAAAGACAAAAUCCUGCUAUUCUCAGUUGGGAAAUCAAGGAAAGAUUGAUAAAGCAGGAUGGCGUUUGCGACAAGGCAUCAGCACCAUCGGUUUCUAGCAUCUCAAGGCUCCUUCGUGGUUCACCAAAUAAAAUUCGUCGUGUUGAUGAUCUUGGUACUAAUCAUUCUAUCAAUGGAAUUCUUGGUGGAAGCGACGGCGGGGACGAUUCCGAGACGGAAAGUGAACCUGGCAUAACUCUUAAGAGAAAACAACGUCGCAGUAGGACUACCUUUACGGGUGAACAAUUGGAACAAUUGGAAGCGGUGUUCGUUCGUACUCAAUAUCCGGACGUAUAUACAAGAGAGGAAUUGGCACAAAAAACUAAGUUGACAGAAGCACGAGUUCAAGUAUGGUUCAGUAACAGACGAGCGAGACUACGGAAACAAAUGAACAGUCAACAAACGAACGCGUUCAACCCGAUGAGUUUACAAUCGUUUCAGAGUCAACAUUACGGUAGCGCGGCUGAGAGUUAUCAAAGUUAUGGGCAAGUCAGCGUAGCAGCGGCAGCAGCGACAACGGCUGGUUAUCCACAGCAUUACAACUACGGGGAUAACUAUUACGCUGCACAACAGCAAUGGACCAGAGCGACGGCCGAGAACUACGGAAUAUUCAACGCCUCCCACUAUGGUAGCAGCAAUUUGAAUUUGAGUAGCCUUGGUGGCAGCGUCAGUCCAACGGCUUCGAACAUGAGCGCUUGUAUGGUACAAAGUGCGAGUUCAACAGUACCAGGUAGCACUGGUGUUGCUCAUCACCAUGUUGCACCUCACAGUCCUGGCGAGGCUAAAAGUGGUUAUCCAUAUUUGGGUGGAAUCGAUUCACAAGUUUGCGGAAGAGUACACGGCCCGGAUUUCGUCUUGUCGAGUGGAAGGUCGAAUGAUUUCAAUGUUCCAGUAUCGCAGGCUCGAAGUACACUAAACGGUUACACGAAUGAAUCACUUGAUCAAAGUCAGCUUGCUUUUCUCAGCCGACUUGGAAGUAAUGUUGAAAAACGAUAA